UAACCCCCAACGUCCUUGUCCUUGCGCACAUCGACUGCCUUCACGCUCGGGCCGGGGAUUUUUUUUGUCAUUCACCUGUACUUGAAUAGAAUAAAAACUUUCAAACAUGAUGGCUGCCAGGUUUCUCCGCCGGGCUCUCCCUGCGUUGAGGCAAGCUCGCUCCUACGCUGAAGCCGCCUCCGGUGCCCCGCAAAUGUCCUUCACUUUCGCCUCUCCGACGCAGGUGUUCUUCAGAGAGGCCAGUGUGAAACAGGUUGACGUCCCCACACUUACAGGUGCGUUCGGUAUCCUCCCGGCUCACGUACCCACCCUGCAGGUGCUCAGGCCCGGUGUCGUCACUGUCUUUAAUGAUGACGGCUCCUCUGCCAAAUACUUUGUGAGUAGCGGGUCAGUGACGGUCAACGCUGAUUCUUCCGUGCAGCUGCUUGCUGAGGAGGCUGUUCCCCUGGACCAGCUGGACGUAGCAGCAGCUAAGGCCAACCUUGAAAAAGCCCAGUCCGAAUUGGCCGGUGCAGCUGAUGAGGCAGUAAGGGCAGAAGUUCAGAUCAGCAUAGAAGCCAACGAGGCCAUCGUCAAGGCUCUGGAGUAGACUUGCGAGAACUUGUUGCUUGGAUGAAAAUGUUCUGUCCUCUUGGGAUUCCAGCUCAGACCUGUCAGUGUCCGGAAAAUACCAUUCUUUCUUUGUACAGUGAAUGAAGUUAACAAUAAAUUUAUUUGGAGUUACUUUG